GUCUAGAGGUACGACAUCGGCAUAACGCGCCCCUCUUGUGUGGACACAGCGUGGUUGUGUAGAGAUAGUUUUUAGCUAGGGGCUAGAGAGCGCAGUGCAGUGGUGUUCGCUUCUUACCCUCACAGCCCAGCGAGCUGAGGUCCGUCGGGUUUGCCGCCCUACCUUUGGAAGAUCGCGACCAUCAUCCGAGUCCGGAAACCGGGAGACUUGAUCGAAGUUUUUAAGUGACGAACCCGAUGCGAAAAAGGGGGAUUUGCGAAUUUCUUUUGUGUUCAAUCGUUAGAAGCCUAAACCCUGUUGUGAUCUGUUUUAUCGGUGUGUUCUUUUGGGGAUUGUUAGAUCCUAGACAAGAGUGAUAUUGUUUUAUAGAGUGUUCAAAAGCGCUUUGCAUGAUUACGUUUGAGGAAAUUUUUGGUCGAACGCCGAAUCGUGCCAAAAUCAGUCGAUUGCAACUGAAGCAAAACAGUUUAGUGAAAAGUUUCGCCCUAGCCAGCCGAUAGAAAGGGGGAGAGUUUUUGUUUUUUAUGUUAGUGCGCAAGUGUGGUAACGAAAAAAAACGUAGUUCAUUAAUUAAUUUUACUCUGUCGAGUGGAAAAUUAUAUGUAAAUUUCUUGCGGCCUGCGAGCUCGCCAAGUGAACGAAAAAUAGCUACAAGACGGCGUCGGCGGCGGCGGCCGGUGAAGGCUCAGAGCUGGGCUUCGGCAUGAAAGAAGGUGAUGAGUAAAUAAAACAGAAGCACUGUGAAACAGUUGGAUGGUCGGUGAAAAGUUUGAUCGUAUCGAUAACGAGACAAGUGGAAGCGAAACACAACACCGGAGGAAGCCAUCGGGAAAGUCCCCUCAGUGCUCCUAAAUAAAUCAUCUCCCACCGACGACGACGACGACCAAGACGAAGACACGGAAGAAGAUUUGAAAAAUAAGCCACAGAUUUGUUUCAGUGUAUGGUUACCGCUUCAAGAAAAAAAAAUAUUAAAAUUAGAUGAUCUGCCGGUGGAUCUCUUGAGGAGAGGUGAAAACGGAAACAAGUGAGGCAACUCGACCCGAGAGCUAGAGUGUGAUUAUCGCCUAGGCGUCCGAAAUAAAUCCUCCACCAGAAAAAAAAAAAGUCAUCAUUUAGUGAGAAAGUAAUGUGAUUCGUCGUCUUCGUCGCAGAAGAAGAAAUGUACAGUUAAUCGCCAUCCGUAGCGCGCGCACACACACAUAGAUUCACUAAUGGCGACUGUUAUUCGAUGCGCGCAGCUUUGAAUCGGGAUUUGAGAUUUGUUUUUCUGUUUCUAUUUUCGUCAACGGAGAUCAGCCGCCACCGCCAGAAGCGCAGUGAAUCGAAUCACAAGGCUGAAAGGGGCCCAUAAUAGGGAAAAGUAGUGCGCGCCGGGGCGACAUUUUCUGACAAGUGUCAAGUGACAAGUGCGUGUGACCCUCCCGUUGUUGUCGUCUUCCGUUCCCCGAGCUGAGUGGAUUAACUGUUGACACUAAGCUUGCCUUUUCGGCCCAGCUGUGCAUCCUUUUUGGUUGGAGGUUGUUGGAAUUCUUCUGCGGCAGUUAUCAUCUAUUGAUUGCAGUGGUGACCAACCGACCAGCAAGAUCGCGGACAGUUGACCAAGUGAGACCGAGACACGAGCUUCCAAUAAGGGCCACGUGAAAUGACAAUUUAUGAUCUCAUCCCCUGUUGUCGUAGCCUACUGCGCGUCUUCACCGAACUCACCAACUGCAGCGAAUUACGAUGAUGAUCGCCAACUGAUCGCCAUAUCUGCAGCUCGACCGAAAAAUGCAUCACUGCCAUCAAUUGCCACCGCCAAUCAGCAGCACCAGCAACCACUUCACCAAAGCAACAACCACGUCCUUCAGCCGGACUACUGCGACCACGACUCGGCAACGACGUCGUUAAUUUCGGCCAAACCUUUUGGCGGCCUGCUACGCCGCCCCGAAUCCUCGCGUAUCAAUUUAAAAACAUUUAAAUUUCGGUAAUCUCCUCUCGGUGUGUCGUCGACUCCAAAAAGAAGCCGUUUAGUUAUCUGGUGCAGUAGUGCAGUGUGCAGUGCAGACGGCCCAAGAGCCGACGCAAAGUGCAAUCGGACAUAUUUAUGUUGGAAAUCAUCACGAAUGGCAUAAUGACUUCAUCGGGCAUGGACAUAAGUGAAUCGUUUCGGCCCGAGGAUCUGGGAAAGACGGAUUUUUUCGACUUUGUAAGUGGCGGGGCGGCUGCCGCCGCAGCAGGUGCCACCUCCGGAGACAUGACCGUUACCAACGGAAGGCCGGGUUCGUCGUCUACGGCCAGUACGACCACCGCGGUGACGUUAACGGGCAGCACAGCGACAGGAGGACAGCCCAGUGUUCCUUCAGCUGCCGAUCGACCGCCGGGAACAGGUGGAGGCGGUCCUAAAAGUGCCGGCCCGGAAACCCUUAAUGUAAGUCAGUCCAGCUCGAGCGGGAGUGGCUCUAGCAGCAAUAACGGUGGUGCCAAUGGGAACAAUGGCCAGGCCAGUAAUCAACCCCUGCAAGGAUUCGAUCAGUUCUGGGGACCUGACAAAGACGUCAACCGGCUCGAUCAAUCGAUGUUCGACGACAUGAAUCGCUAUUGUUGGAUCCAGCAACAGAACAACGGCCAACAACCGGUGGGCUCCAUCAGCAACUCCGUAGCCGAUACGGAUGGACAGAUCUACACCCUCACCGUGCUCAACGGCGCCCCCGAACCUUGGGUCCUCCGGAAGGACCCCACCCCGGCGGAGCCACCUCCUCCGGCGUCCAACCUCGAUCUCGACACCAUCCUCGGAGGUUUCCCGGGCUACGUCAAGACCGAGUGCUUUUCCUACGAUGACAGUGGCUUCGGCACCGAUCAUCACUCCAAGGAAGACCCACAGCAGCAACUGCUCUCGCAACAACAACAGCAGCAGCACCUCCACCAGCAAGUACAACAAAUACCGGUCUCGUCGACCAACAUCGUCCUGUCCAACAACCUGAUGGACCCGAACAGUGUGAUAGCCUAUCAGAACAACAACAACGACUGGCAGAUGUCGGACCACAAUGUGAUAGAGCAUGAAACUCCAGAAUCUCUCCUAAGAAGUGCCCUGCAAGGCAAGGGCUACACCAAGGGACAAGCCGUUCAGCUGCAGAACGGCAUCACGGUAAUUCCUGCCGGACAAAUCAAAGAGGAAGACCUACGGCGAGUUCUCUACACCAGCGAUGCGGACACGCUAGCCUACGCAGACUCGACUCUCGCGAAUCCUCUCUUCGAGGACUCCACCCUGCACUCGCCCAGCUCAAACCACCCGCAGCAACACCAAUCUCAUCCUGCCAGCCUCGGCGGAGGCUCAAUAGGUGAUCUCGGCUCGGGAGUCGUUGUAGACGACGACAUGUUCCUCACCCUGGAGCCCAGCUUUACCGAAGACUACGAAAAGCUGAAACGGAUCGCCUCCGAGGUCCAGCAAUUCUGCACCGACAACAACAACUACACCGAAAUCAUCGUUGAAACCGCUGCCAUCAACCACCAACAUCAGAACCCUAGCCUUAUCAGUAGUAAUAACGGUAACCAGAACCUAGUGAUAUCGAGCGUCAACAGCGGCGCAAGUCACCACGCGAUAUCGACGACCACGUCGUCCGAUGUAGUGACCACAACCUCACCCACCAAGGUGAAAGCCCCUCGGUCAUCCAAGAAGUACAAGCGAUCUCUCACCAGCAGUAGUGCAAACUCCACCACUACCAACAACAACAAUAGCAUAGCCAACAACAAUAACAACACCAGCAUGAGCAAUCUCAACACCACCUCGGCGUCGAUACUCAGCUCAACCAAUCACAGUCCGAGCACCAACAACCCAAGUCCGACGCACUGCAACGGUCAGCGGAAGGAACGAUCUCUGCACUACUGUUCCAUCUGCUCCAAGGGCUUCAAGGACAAAUACUCGGUCAACGUGCACAUCCGGACGCACACCGGUGAGAAACCCUUCGCCUGUUCGCUCUGCGGCAAGAGUUUCCGCCAGAAGGCUCACCUGGCCAAGCACUACCAAACGCACAUGGCCCAGAAGAACCCCUCGGGAAGCGUCAAGUCCAGCAAAUCGAACCGAGCCGCCGCAGAACAGGCGGCGGCGGCUGCUGCAGCGGCAGCCGCUGCUGCCCAGCAGCAAGCCGGCCCACCUCAGCUUCCGUCCUCCCCUGUGCCCGUGCAGCAGCAGUCUCAGCUCCUCCCGCCAAUGCAAUCCGUCCAGCAGGUCCAGCAACAGUCGGUUCCGCAGCCGAUCCUACUCAACACUGCCACCAUCGUUGCCGGUCGGUAAUGCUCCCCGGUACCAUACGAAAGUCUCUUGUACUCACUCACUGCCUGUAGAAUUGCUCCCAACCGGCCGCUGAUGAAUACCACUCCGCCACUGAUGUAUUAUUUAAAGUUUGACCUUAGAACAACCAACCAACCACGUGUGUAUUCAAUAGAAAGGAAGUUGAGGAUCGAACGAGAAAUGAAAAGUGUUGCCAGUCUGAUGGGGUAGGGAAUGAUGCUCCAAGGCAUUGCAGAUUUUCGAACUUUCUAUUAAGAAAUGUAUUCAACUUUAUUUUCCUAUGAACAGUUCGUUUAAAGAUUGUUACUAUGGACUUUGCCAAACGAUACUAGAUUAUUCCAUAAUCUGGGUUAUUCGAAUAUAGUGUCUUAGAUUGUGCUGAUUUCGAGCUAAAAAGGAUCUUCCCACGAAAAUUUAUCAUGUCUGGUGAGUUGUUGUAUAUUCCCUUCUUAUGUCCAGUGCUUGCCGGAACCUUCUAACUUGUCUUCAUCAAAACUUCAACAUGUUUCUAUCUGCAAGCUCGAUGAAUUCGCAAUUUUCAAUACACAUCCUUUGAUUCCUUCGUAAACUCUUGGUAAUACUGGAAACUUUGGUGACAAUCACAAACAUUUCGUGUACUCUUAAAUUCGAAAACUACAAUAUUGUGGCUUCAACAAGGAUGUUUAAAGAUAUUUGGAAGUCUCCCACUUCAAGGGAGAGCGGCAUUAAGACUCUCUGCAUGAAUCAUAGACUGACGUUCUACGCAUAUUUGUACCGCUGUUUAGAAGGUUUACUUAGAACAUGGGACAACUAGGCGUAGAAGGGCAGUAGAGUUGCUGUCAUAAUUUUCAAUAUAGUAAGUGGCCGACCAAUAAUUACAUAAGACAUUAGGCGAUUUUUUAGCACCCCCUCCCUCC